AUGUCGACUUAUCCCAGUGCGUUAUCGGCGGACGGCGCCUUCGACCAACUCAGCGAUUUUCAAGGCCGUCUCAAUACUAGCACAAGCAUUGAUGACGAUGGCCGAGUAAGCAUCAAUAUUCGCCAGAGAAAACAUGGUCUCUCGACCUUAUUUCACCCUCGUCUAAGAGGACCAAGUUCGAGUGACAGUCUCACGGAUUUGCCAUUACUUGGUGAAUCUUCUGAAACCAGCAGCAUUUCCGAGCAGGGACCACCACCUCGAUUGAAUAUCGUGAUUCAAGUUGUUGGAUCUCGAGGCGAUGUUCAGCCCUUCAUCGCGCUAGGGCUUGUAUUGAAGAACACCUUUGGCCACCGAGUCCGUAUUGCAACACACUCUGUAUUCAAAAAGAUGGUUGAGGGGCACGAUCUGGAGUUCUUCAACAUCGGCGGCAAUCCUGAAGAGCUCAUGAGCUUCAUGGUCAGAAAUCCAGGCCUCUUACCCAGCUAUAAAUCUAUACAUAGCGGGGAUGUCAAGCAGCAACGGAAGAUCAUUUACGAAAUUCUGGAAGGAUGCUGGAGGUCUUGUAUUGCGACUGGGAAUGGGAUGAAAGUCGAGGAUGAGCGGGAACAUUCGGGGGCCCAUGGACCCCAGAAAAGUCGGACACCUUUUAUCGCGGAAGCAAUCAUUGCCAACCCGCCAAGCUUUGCGCAUAUCCAUUGUGCGGAGAAGUUAGGGGUACCGCUGCAUCUCAUGUUCACAAUGCCGUACUCUCCUACAGAGGCAUUCCCCCAUCCCCUCGCAAGGAUUCGAGGUUCGACUUUGAGAAAGGGCAUGACAAGUCGUUUGUCUUACGCCUUGAUCGAGAGACUCAUCUGGCACGGACUUGGUGAUUUGCUCAACAGGUUUCGAGAAAACACCCUCCAUCUCGAGCCUCUCAACUUGAUGUGGGCGACCGGACUGCUGACCCGACUGAAGAUACCAUACACAUACUGCUGGUCUCCUCAUCUGUUACCCAAACCCAAAGACUGGAGCUCUCAUAUUAGCGUUUCUGGAUUCUAUAUCUUGCCAGGAGACGAGACUUUCGAGCCUUCCGCGGAGCUGCAGAAAUUUCUUCAAGAUGGGGAGCCACCAGUCUACAUCGGCUUUGGAUCGAUUGUUGUCGACAACCCUGAAGCAAUGACAUCCAUGGUUUUAGAAGCUGUGAGGCUAGCCGGUGUUCGAGCAAUUAUCUCGAAAGGAUGGCUUGGUCUUGGAGCCGAUGGGAGCGAGCUCCCAAAGGACGUGUUCCUGUUAGGGAAUGUGCCCCACAGUUGGCUUUUCGAGCAUGUCUCUGCAGUUGUACACCAUGGUGGUGCCGGUACUACUGCAGCUGGACUAGCCGCUGGGAAGCCCACAGUCAUAGUCCCGUUCUUUGGCGAUCAACACUUCUGGGGCAGAAUAGUAGCGGAUGUAGGAGCUGGACCAUGUCCAAUUCCCUACUCGAAGCAAACAGCGCACAAACUUGCGCAACAACUUCGCGAAGCUAUUCACCCAGAAGUACGCAUCAGAGCCAGACGCAUAGGCUUGAAGCUUCAACAGGAACGUGGUUGUGAGAAUGGAGCAAGAAGCUUUCAUCGCUCAUUGAAGAUCUGUGAAUCGAGAUGCUGUAUCGCCCCAGAUCGAGUCGCAACUUGGGAAGUGGGAGGAAAGCAGGUUCGUCUCAGCGCGCUCGCUGCCGCAGUACUUCUUGAUCGAGGUCUCCUGGGGUCGAAGCAGCUGACGGUAUUCCGACAGCGAGAGUAUCAAGUGGAAGAUCGUCCAACAGAUCCUCUGACUGGAGGCGCAUCGGCAUUCUUUGGCUCGUUCGGAGAAGUUGCUUAUCGCACUUACGAUCUGCCCAAACAAAUCGUAAAGGCAAUGCGGGAUGAAUCCAAGAGGCAACAACGGUGCGAAGUCACAAUUACCCGUGAGAAUCAGCCCACCGAUGACGGGAACGUCACCACCAGUCCAACUAGCGCUUCCGCACUCCAACGAAGGAUCGAGGACGCUCACCCACCAAUCGUACGAGUGGAUGACGAUUCGAGUGAACCGGAAAGUAUCGGGUCUUCGCUGCCGAAAGGUCUUACUGUAGCUCUUGCAGUGGGACAAGGCGUGGGUCGUCUUGGCAAGGCAGUCCUCUCAUCACCAAUGCAUUUCAGUCUGGGCAUUGCGCGGGGGUUCCAAAGCAUCCCGAUAGCUUACGGGGACACCACGGUCAGAAAGCCCGAGAAAGUCUCCGGCAUCCUGAGCGGAAUCGAAGUUGGCAGCAAGGAACUUGGUUAUGGGUUUUACGAUGGUGUCACGGGUAUUGUCAUGCAGCCAGUCCGUGGCGCCAAAGAAGGCGGUGCUAUCGGGCUCGUCAAAGGUAUCGGCAAGGGAGUAGGGGGCUUGGUCUUCAAGCCUGGAGCUGGACUCUUCGGCCUACCUGCAUAUGCUUUCCAGGGUGUAUCACAAGAGCUGCACAAGCUGUUCGGGACUGACUACAAGCGCCACAUUGCAGCCAGUCGACUGGCACAAGGAAGAGAAGAGUUGAGCAGAUGUGGCGUGGAAGAACAGAACGAGAUUGUACGUACUUGGGAGAAGAUCUGUGGCUGA